AGCACAGUAGAAGCACUGGUGUACUACAAAAUCCAGUCAAGCAAACAAUAUUUAAUCGGAAGCAAUAUUAGUUACAAACACUAGAAUGUAUUCAGAAGUUUGGAAACCAUACAUACCCCAGAAUCCCGCUCCACGACCAGGACAUUAAGCUUUCUUCCCAGCUGAAGCGUUCGGGACUUUAGCCAGAAAGCGGAGGAGGCACCCAUUCCGCCGCCCCCGAUUAUCAGGACAUCGCAGCUCUGGGGGAGGACAUCGCCUUGCGCCUUGCCACUCAGACUGCGAAGCUGACGCAGUGCAGCCGAUCGCAGAACUCGUCGCAGACCCAGCAUUUUUCACACUAACCGACUGGCUACACAUUCGUGCGUUGAUAAGCGCCACUGAAACCGCAGAUUAGAUUUGUCCAGCAUUCCAAUGACAUAAUUUUGUAUGGGUUUAACAGGUAUAGUCCCUAAUUUGUUCAAGCCAUCGUAUGAAAACGAAGACAAAGAUGUUGUCUAUCCCCGAAAUGCCUUUACUGUGCCCACUUCUCUGAUUCAUCGGUAAAUUUUCCAAAUUUAAAUACCAACGCACAGCGUGUGGGUAAACGGAAAAAUACAAACUCGCAAACUCACGAGCAGCAGAGAAGCCACUUGGAGAAUCAAUCAAAGAUGGAUAGCACUGAGUUUCGAAAACGUGGCAUGGAAAUGGUAGAGUACAUCUGCAACUAUCUGGAGACGCUGAACGAGCGCCGAGUUACUCCCAGCGUAGAGCCGGGCUACCUGCGGCAUCUGUUGCCAACCGAGGCCCCACAGGAGCCGGAGGACUGGGACCAGAUCAUGAGCGACGUGGAGGACAAGAUCAUGCCCGGCGUGACGCACUGGCAGCAUCCGCGCUUCCACGCCUACUUUCCGGCGGGCAACUCGUUUCCCUCGAUCCUGGGCGACAUGCUGGGCGACGGCAUUGGGUGCAUCGGGUUCUCCUGGGCGGCCAGUCCCGCCUGCACCGAACUGGAGACGAUCGUGCUCGACUGGCUGGGCAAGGCCAUCGGUCUGCCGGAUCACUUUCUGGCCCUCAAGGAGGGCAGCACCGGUGGGGGAGUCAUUCAGACCUCCGCCUCGGAGUGCGUGCUGGUCACGAUGCUGGCUGCCAGGGCGCAGGCCCUGAAGAGGCUCAAGGCGCAGCACCCGUUCGUGGAGGAGGGUCACCUGCUGUCCAAGCUGAUGGCCUAUUGCUCCAAGGAGGCGCACAGCUGCGUGGAGAAGGCGGCGAUGAUCUGCUUCGUGAAGCUGCGCAUCCUGGAGCCCGACGAGAACGCCAGCCUGCGCGGCCAGACGAUCUACGAGGCCAUGGAGGAGGACGAGCUGCAAGGACUGGUGCCGUUCUUCGUCUCCACCACGCUGGGCACCACGGGCUCGUGUGCGUUUGACAACCUGCCGGAGAUCGGCAAGCAGCUGCAGCGGUUCCCGGGCGUUUGGCUGCAUGUGGACGCCGCCUACGCGGGCAACAGCUUCAUCUGCCCCGAGCUGAAGCCCCUCCUGAAGGGCAUCGAAUUCGCCGACUCAUUCAACACGAACCCCAACAAAUGGCUGCUGACCAACUUCGACUGCUCGACGCUGUGGGUGCGGGACCGCAUCCGCCUGACAUCAGCCCUGGUGGUGGAUCCGCUGUACCUGAAGCACGGCUACUCGGACGCGGCCAUCGACUAUCGUCAUUGGGGAGUUCCACUCAGCCGGCGAUUUCGUUCGCUGAAGCUGUGGUUCGUGCUGCGAUCUUAUGGGAUUUCCGGGCUGCAGCAUUACAUACGUCACCAUAUCAAACUGGCCAAGCGAUUCGAAGAGCUCGUGCUCAAAGAUAAACGCUUUGAGAUCUGUAACCAAGUCAAGCUGGGUCUGGUUUGCUUCCGGCUGAAGGGCAGCGACAAGCUAAACGAAAAGCUACUUAGUAUAAUCAACGAGUCCGGAAAACUGCACAUGGUGCCGGCCAGCGUGGGAGACCGCUACAUCAUCCGGUUCUGCGCCGUGGCCCAGAAUGCGACCGCCGAGGACAUCGACUACGCUUGGGACAUCAUCGUGGACUUUGCCAACGAGCUGCUGGAGAAGGAGCAGCACGACGAGCUCUCCGAGAUCAUGAACCGCAAGAAGCAGGACACGCUGGCCCAGAAGCGCUCCUUCUUUGUGCGCAUGGUCAGCGACCCGAAGAUAUACAACCCGGCCAUUAACAAGGCCGGCACCCCCAAGCUCUCCAUGGAGUUGCCAUCGCCGGUGGUGAGCCGCGGCAGUGCCCCCAUCAUCCGGACCCAGAGCUCGGUGGACCACAACUCGUGGAUAUCCUGGCCGCUGGCCUUCCUCUUCAACAGCAACAACGAGGAGAAAGGCAGCAAUGUCUCAUUGCGCUUUCGCCAUCUGGACACCCACGUGCGGGCCUCGUCGUCACGACGUAAUUCCGGAGCCGGAUCCUCCCCCUCGCCGGAAAACGAGUUGGACAACGUGAAUGGCCAGCAGCAGCAACUGGAACUGCGAUCGCCUCGCCGAUCGCCCAUGGUUGUGCGCAAGUCAUCGGCCACACGGGACAAUCUCAACUAAUUAUAUCCACUCAGUUUAUGGAAAACACAUAUAUAAUACAGUAUUAGCGCUUCCCUAAGCAAGGCGCCUAGUUGAAUUCUAGACCAAUCUACAACGCGGUGGGACACCAAAGUCAAGGCUUCUCACGACCUCCCUUAUAAUACUUGUACUCUAAGUUCCGUGGUAGCCAAUCGAUCAAAUUACUUUCUUGUUUACGAAAUGCAAUAAAUAUUAUUU